GGAAGUGGUCUGAAUUUUAAGUUAAGAGUUUGAGUGAAAGGAGUUAGUUUGUGGCAAAGCUUAUAUUUUUAAAGUCAGAUUUAGUUGUUAAUUUUUAAAACAGUAAAGGUUAGUUAAGUUUCCGUUUCCUUAGUUUAUGGAUAAAAAUAAUAUCCUUUAUGAUUAAUGAAUCAAUAAUGUUCAUCUUUUUAAAAAUAUCUGGGUGCACCCUCUAAUGAAAAAUGCUGUAUAGACCUGUGCCUUUGUUUGGGGGGGGGGCGAGCAGGUGGAUGCAGUGAAUAAUAUCCCCUCCACACCAUAGUGGACCUUCUUGGUGCGUUACUGUGCCCCCCCCAAAAAAAAUCAUCUCCCGAUGACUAGUCUUCUGGUGGCUGACGCCCACCUCCAGGGGGCCGAUAAGGCCUUAUUUUCCCCAGUAAAUGACUCACAGUAGGUUUUUCUUAACUCUUUCAUGAGUGAAUGAAACUCAUUACCAUCCUGUUUUUAUGGCCAGGCUCUGUCUAACUGCAGGGCUGUGAUUCCUUGCCCCCUUCCCACCCUCCUGCUCUGCCCCCACCCCCAGUCAAUGUGUGUGUUUAUAUAUGGGUCAUACACUGUACUAUUAACAUAUCUUGUACAUUUUAAAACAAACCAAGAAUUAAAACUUUAAACAGGAUGAAAUAAACAAUAGUUUAUUUUCACAUUUUUUUAAUGGUGCAAAACCUAUUUGCAGUCAGUUUAUUAAGAUUUCAUUGACAGCAAUAUGAUUGGAUCGUGCUUCAUUAUUUUUAUUUUUUUGUUAAGAUUUUUUUUUAAUUGAACAAAAUCUGUUGUCCUUUCUUCUCGGCUCCCGCUCCAUUGGAAAACAAAACAAAACAAAACAAGCUCCCUCAUUGCCCAUGCUCAAAAAAUACAAGCUUCAUUCUGCCUCCUGACUCUCUCACCUUUUUGUCAGGAGGCAGACAACAUGGCGGGCAGCUAGGUGGCGCUGUAGAUAGAGCUCCAGCCCUGGUGUCGGGAGGACCAGAGUUCAAAUGUGACCUUAGACCAGACACUUGACACUAGCUGUGUGACCCUGGGCAAAUCACUUAACCCCCAUUGCCCCAUCCUUGGCUCUUCUGGAUUGUCAUUGCAUGGAUCUUAGUUCUUAUAGCUCUCAAAGGUGUCUUUGCUGUGUUGCUGUUUUAAAAGUGAUUUUCCUGGUGUUGCUCAAUUCACUCUUCAUCUUAUAAAAGUCUUCAGAAUUGUUUUGGUAAUAUUGAUGUUAUGGUGAAGCUCGUUGUAUUGGUUUAGCUCACUGCUCAGUUCCUGUGCUCGCAUCAGUUCAUGCCAGUCUCUCCAUGUCUCUGAAAUCAUCUAGUUCCUCAUUUAUUAUAGCACAAGAAUAUUCCAUCCCACUCAUAUGCCACAGUGGGUUCAGCUAUUCUGCAGCUAAUGGGUAUCCUUUAAUUUCUGGGUUUUUUUGUUUUUGUUUGUUUUUUUUGCCACCACAAAAAGAAUUGUUAUCAGUAUUUUUGUACAUAUAGGACCUUUUUGUCUUCCAUUGAUUUCUUUGGGGUGUCGUCCUAACAGUGGUAAAGGGUUAAAGGGUCACUUUUUAGUCACUUUCUUUAUAUAAUUCUAAAUUGCUUUCCAGGAUGUUUAUACCCAUUUCACAGGUCCAUCAACAGCUGUACAUCAAUGUGCUUGUUUUCAUAGCCCCUCCAACAUUUGUUAUUUUCCUUCUUUGUCAUCUUUGCCAAUAUGAUGAAAGGGAACUACCGUGUUUGCCGGCCAACCCUCCUCUGUCAAGUGACUUAAUAAAAUUCUCUCUAAAACUUUUUCAGGUUUUGGGAUUUGUUUUCAAAUGGAACAUGCAAUCAAAAUCAUCCAUUUUAUCAUCUGUGAUUCCCUCUAUCCCUUGUUUGGUCAUGAACUUUUCUUCCAUCCAGAGAGCUGAGAGAGAAUUUUUUCUAUGUUUCUCUAACUUGUUUACUAUGUGACCUUUUAUAUCUAAAUCACAUAUGCAAUUCUUCUUGGUAUAUGGUAUAUGUAGUGAGGUGUCCAUCCAAAUCCAAUUUCUUCCAUACUACUGUCUGAUUUUCCCAGCAGCUUUUAUCAAAUAGUGAGUCUUAUUAGACCCCUUUAUUAAAGAACUUUAUUAAGGACCCCUAGUAGCUGGGGUCUUUGUAUUUGUAUUUGUAUUUGUCAAAAACCAGGUGAAAAGUUCAUUUUUUCCUGUACGUUGUAUACCUCAUCUGUUCCACUGAUUAAUCUCUAUUUUUAACCAGUGCAAAUUAUUUUGAGAAUCAAUGCUUUGUAGUAUAGUUUGAGAUCUGGUCCUGUUAAGCUUCCUUCCUUCACACCUUUUUUUAUUAUUUCUUUGUGUUUUUUUGACCUCUUUGGCCACAAUAUAACUUUUCUUAUUUUUUCUACUUCUAUAAAGUAAUUCUUUGAUAGUCUGAUUAAUAUGACAUUUAAUAAGUAAAUUGAUUUUGGUAGAAUUGUCAUUUUUAUCAUGUCGACUCAUCAUACCCAUGAACAAUUACAGUUCCAGUUAUUUAGGUCUGUGUUUCUGUAAGCAGCAGUUUGUAGUUAUAUAAUUCUUGUGUGUACUUUGUAGGUAGAUUCUCAAGUAUUUUAUACAUUCUGUAGUAAUUUUAAAUGGAAUUUCUCUCUUCCCACUGGGUUUUAUUGAUACUAUAUAGAAACUAAUAAUUUAUGUGGAUUUAUUUUAUAUCCUGCAAUUUUGCUGAAGUUAUUUCAAUUAAUUUUAGUUGGCUCUCUAGGGUUCUUUAAGAAUGCCAUCAUAUCAUCUGCAGAAAGUGAUCAUUUCGUUUCUUCUUUACCUACAGUCAUUCCCUCAGUUUCUCUUUCUUGUCUUAUUGCUAUAGCCAGCAUCUCUUGUACCAGGUCAGAUAGAAGUGGUGACAUUGGACAUCCUUGUUUUACAAACCCUGAUUUCAUUGGAAAGGAUCCUAGUUGACCCCCAGCCUGUAGUACCAGAGACACAGUUCUCAGAUGAGCCCCAGAGGGAAGAGCCCCAGUUGAAGCGAUCUUGCUUUUGAGUUCCCAGGUCCCGGCUUUACUAGAAGGUGAAGGUGGUAGACGAUGUCUUCCAGGAAAAUGUCUCCAGCACAGGAGAAGGUUCCUGUCCUGAGACCUUUAAUCAGAGUUCCAGGGCAGCUCUUGAGGUGAAGGGGCAGCCCCUGGGACUACUUGCUGGUGGCAGAAGAAGUGGCAGUCAUCCUGGCUGGCCAGAGAGGAUUGGAUGGGUGACCACGUGGCCUUGGACUCAAUGCUUGGGGAGAAAGCUCGAGGCCGUGCCCUUCACCAAGACAGCAGCAUGGAGGUGGCUGAGGAGGGUGUGACUUUUGGAUUCCUCACAGCCACAUUUCAGGAAUCGGUGAUGUUUAAAGACGUGGCUGUGGACUUCACCCAGGAGGAGUGGAGCCGCCUGGAUCCUGCCCAGAGGGCCCUGUACAGGGAUGUGAUGUUGGAGAACUAUGAGAACCUGGUCUCCUUGGGGCUUCCUGUUUCCAAACUGGAUGUGAUCUCCCUGUUGGAGAGAGGAGAAGCCCCAUGGAGGCCUGAGGGAGGAGGCCCAAGAUGCUCCUGUCCAGAUCUCUGUAUUGAGGACAGCAGGGUUACAAGCAAAGGCUCCCUUCUGAUACAGGCUGUUUGCAUGGAAGAAUCAUCCAAGAAAAUAUUGCCAAAGGAUCCCAUGCAGUGUUCAAAGAUUCAAGAAGCUGGAGAAGAUGAUAUUAAUUUAGAGAAACCGAAGGGUAGCCAAGAGAGGCAGUCCAGACAAGUGGCAAUCCCUCCUAGAACAACAUUUAAUAAAGGGGAUGUGCCUCAGGGAAAUACACUGGGGAGAAGUUUUAGUCUGGGGUCAGUCUUGGGUGCAUUGUGGAAGGGAGGUGUGGAGAAACGGUUCCAUAAAUAUAAGACACUUGGAAAGAGCUUCAGGGAUUUUUCAGAACUGAAUGUGUGUAAUAGAUCCUCCUUAGAGAAAAACUUGGGUAAGUGUAGCUCGUGCAGAAAGCCCUUCAGUUAUCGCUCAGACCUAGUUAAAUUUCAUAGAAUUCAUACUAGAGAAAGGCUACAUGAACACAAUGAAUGUGGAAAAGCCUUUGGCAGAAGACAAAAUAUCACCGGACAUCAGAGAAGUGACACUGGAGAAAAGCAUUACGAAUGUAAUCAAUAUGGGAAAGGCUUUAGUCACAAGGAACUCUUGAUUAAACAUAAGAAAUUAAAUACUGGAGUGAAACCCUUUGAAUGUAUUGAAUGUGGAAAGUCCUUCAGGGAAAGUAAAGUACUCAAAAGCCAUCAGAGAAUUCAUACUGGAGAGAAACCUUUUGAAUGUAAUGAGUGUGGGAAAGGCUUCAGCCAGAGGGCCAACCUUGUUAGGCAUCAGAGAACUCACACUGGUGUGAAACCCUUUGCAUGUAAUGAAUGUGGGAAGGCCUUUAGCCAGAGGGGACAGCUCAUUUAUCAUCAGAGAAUUCAUACUGGAGAAAAACCCUUUGAGUGUAAUGAGUGUGGGAAAGCCUUCAGCCGGAGGGCAAUCCUUGUUACUCAUCAGAGAACUCACACUGGAGAGAAACCCUUUGCAUGUAAUGAAUGUGGGAAAGCCUUCAGUGAAAGUAAAGUACUCAAAAGCCAUCAGAGAAUUCAUACUGGAGAAAAACCCUUUGAAUGUAAUGAGUGUGGGAAAGCCUUCAGCCAGAGGGGGCUGCUUAUUUAUCACCAGAGAAUCCAUACUGGAGUGAAACCCUUUGAAUGUAAUGAAUGUGGAAAAGCCUUCAUUGAGAGUCAAGUAUUGAAAAGCCAUCAGAGAAUCCAUACUGGAGAGAAACCUUUUGAAUGCAAUGAAUGUGGUAAAGGCUUCAGCCAGAGGGGCCAUCUUAUUAGACAUCAGAGAACUCAUACUGGAGUGAAACCCUUUGAAUGUAAUGAAUGCCAGAAAGCUUUCAGUCAGAGAGGAAACCUCAUUUAUCAUCAGAGAAUUCAUACUGGAGAGAAGCCUUUUGAAUGUAGUGAGUGUGGGAAAGGCUUUAGACAGAGGGCAGUCCUUAUCACCCAUCAGAGAACUCACACAGGAGUGAAACCUUUUGAAUGUAAUGAAUGUGGGAAAGGCUUCAGCCAGAGAGGACACCUCAUUAGACAUCAAAGAACCCAUACUGGAGUGAAACCCUUUAAAUGUAAUGAAUGUGGGAAAGGCUUUAGCCAGAGUGGACACCUUAUUAAACAUCAGAAAAUCCAUACUGGAUCAAAACAUUUUGAAUGUAAUAAAUUUCUUCAUCAAGAACAGGCUAUCACAAAGUAGCUGCCCGUUGAUUGGGGAAUGGCUAAAUGUAUUGUGUUAUAGAUAAUGAAAUUCUGCUGUGCUAUAAGAAAUGGUGAAGAAUUCAAAAGAACAUGAGAUAACCUGAACUGAUGCAGGAUAAAGUAAGGAGAACCAGCAAUACAAUAUAGACAAUGAAUACAACAAUAUAAACAGAACAAGAAAAUUAAAUGCAGUGUCAUUUUAGUGACCCAGCUUGACCCCAGGGAAUGGGAAAUGCACUUGCCUCCCUUUUUUUGCAGAAAUGGGAAGACUGGGGAUAGAUAACCUUGUGUUCACUGUUGGAUUUGCUGGAUUGUGUUGGUUGGUUUUACUUCCUACCCUUCCCAUCUUCAUUCUUUAUUACAAGAGAUGGCUUCCUGGGUAGAAAGGGGUGGAGGUCAUAUGAAAACAUAUGAAAAUUAUUUUUAAAAGAACAUGUUAUGCUGGACUAAACUCAUUUCCUUUACUGAUUGAUGAGGUUACUAAACUAGUUUAUAUCUUGUUUACAUGCUGUUUCCACCCCUCCCCCUUAGACUGUGAGCUCCUCGAGGGCAAGGACUGUUCAUUUUUUUUUAACUUUCUUUGUAUCCCCAGUGCUUGGCAUAGUGCCUGGCACAUAGUAGGCAUUUAAGAAAUGCUUGUUGAUUGAAUGGGGUUAAGGGAAUGCUGUAGGUAUAGUUUAACCUAGAGUGAAGGUAGUUAACGAAGUCUUUUUGUGGAAAAAAAAAAUAGAGCAAUGUAGACUAGAUAGUGUCGAAUUAAAUGGGUCCAAAACUGGGUUGAGUCAUCAACUCUAAAGAGUUAUCAUUAGUGAUUCAGCGGCAGAGUGAAAGGCCUGCAAGGGAGUGCCCCAGGCUCCCGAGCUCUUGAAGUGGAGACACAGAUGCUGCACUUACCAAAUUCUCUGCUCCCUUCUGUGUAUUUAAAAAAUAUUUUGUUGACGUUCUUUUUUCUUUAGCCUCACUGUCACUAACCUUCCUCUCCUCAUCUACGUCUGUUCGCUCACCCCCCACCCCCAAGCCUUCUAUUUUAACAUAUACACGCAGUCAAGCUAACCUGGUAGCACUUCAGCCACGUCUGAAAAUAGACCUUUCAUUCUGCAUCUCUGCUAGGAUGUGGAAGACACGGUUCAUCCUCCAUCAUUGGCAGUCAUCAUUCAUUGCACUGAAACAGGGACACAGACAAGACGGUUUUGGAACUACUACCUCCAGUUUGUUGUGUAAUUAAAAAACAACCUGUAUAUAAUCAAAAUCCACAGUUACUGGUAUUGUUUUUCAAGGGUUUUAUAUAUGGAAGUGAUGUAAAAUAGGUAGACAAAACCUAUAUGAAGCUUGUGUUAGGCAGGCACUGGGUGCUGUAUGAGGAGGCUGGACUGUAAGAGUCUUUGAGUUCACACUCUGUGGUCUUAGGAACUAUAAUCCUCGUUUAUUUUUGUCAAGUUCAUAAUAAUAAACAUUUUAUUUU